AUGGACCACGAGAAAGCCCCUAACUUGGUGGAAGAAAGGAUAAUGCAGGAAAUUGAGAUACCCAUUGCAUCUGAAAGACUUGAUGUUCUCCCUAUGAAGGCAGAUUUAUCUUGCAGUUCUGGUUGUCCUUUUUCUGGGCAUGAAAACAGUGUUGUGGCAUCAAUAGAGUCUUCAAAGUCAGCAAAGAAACUUUGUGGACUCAUUGUUUUCUAUGCUAUAGUCAUGGUUGUGGAACUUAUUGGUGGAAUAAAAGCUCACAGCCUAGCUGUUAUCAGUGAUGCAGCACACUUGCUUUCUGAUAUUGCUGGGUUCUCUAUCUCUCUCUUUGCAGUGUGGGCUUCAUGUUGGGAGGCUACACCGCAUCAAUCUUUCGGAUACAAUCGUCUCGAGGUUUUGGGGGCUCUUAUAUCUGUGCAGUUAAUUUGGUUGAUAUCUGGUUUUUUGAUAUAUGAAGCAAUUGGUAGAAUUUUUGUACAAAAUGAGAGUGUGAACGGAAAGCUCAUGCUUGCAAUUGCAACAGUUGGGUUUGUUCUUAACUUUAUCAUGGUUGCAUGGAUUGGUCAUGAUCAUGGUCAUCAUCAUCAUCAUCACCAUCAUCAUGGUUGUCAAGGCUCUGGUCAUGAUCAUGGGAACGAGGAACCAUCUAGAAUAACUGAUGAGGAGAAUGUUAGCCUGGUUUCAAGUAGUCACAAUAAAACUAAUGUCUUGAACAUAAAUCUCCAGGGGGCGUAUUUGCAUGUCAUGGCUGAUAUGAUUCAAUCUAUUGGAGUGAUGAUUUCUGGAGCCAUAAUUUGGGCUGAACCUGAGUGGUUUAUAGUUGACCUUGUGUGUACUCUUCUAUUCUCUGUUUUAUCUUUAAGUACUACCUUGCCCAUGCUUAGGAAUGUUUAUGGCAUUCUGAUGGAAAGGGCACCAAGUGAGAUCGAUAUGAACAAGCUGGAAACUGGCAUUAGAAAUAUCAAGGGAGUACAGGAUGUUCAUGACUUGCACGUUUGGGCUAUAACUACUGGAAAAUUUGUUCUAUCUUGCCAUGUAGUGGCUGAGCCUGGCAUAAGUUCUAUUGAUUUACUAGGCACGGUUAAACAUUACUGUGAACAAACAUAUCAAAUACAACAUGUAACUAUACAAAUUGAGUAA